GGGGACUAGGCGAGCCGGAGAGGAGAGAUCAUGGCGGCACCGCCUGGACGGGACACCCUACCUGACCACUGGUCCUAUGGAGUUUGUAGAGACGGCCGAGUCUUCUUUAUUAAGUGUCUUUCUUGCAGUGAUAAAAGUCACAGUACUACUUGGCUACAUCCACGCACUGGUGAACCUGUUAACUCUGGGCACAUGAUACGGUCAGAUUUGCCAAGAGGAUGGGAAGAGGGCUUCACGGACGAAGGAGCUAGCUACUUCAUCAACCACAACCUGAGGGCUACAUCAUUUCGGCACCCUGUCACAGGACAGAUAUCCCCUGAAAACACAGAAUACACACUUCAAGACAGGAUAGAAGCCCGUAUGUCCAAGUCAGCGGCCAAUCAGAGAUCCCCGGGCAUGGUCACAGACGCCUCCAAGGCUGUGACCCCAGCAGCAGUGGAGGCCAGCUCAGUGUCAAAGGGCUCCAGAGGAUUGGGAAAAGUACACAGUUUUGGCAAGAGGGAUCAUGCUAUCAAAAGAAAUCUCAACAUCCCAGUGGUGGUGAGAGGCUGGCUCUAUAAACAGGACAGCUCUGGAAUGCGACUGUGGAAAAGGAAGUGGUUUGUUUUGUCAGACUACUGCUUGUUCUACUACAAAGACAGCCGAGAGGAGACUGUGCUCGGUAGCAUCCCUCUGCCCAGUUAUGUCAUUGCACCAGUUGAAGCUGAUGAUCACAUAAACCGAAAAUACGCGUUCAAGGCGAGCCAUACAGGAAUGCGCUCCUACAUUUACAAUAAGAACUCUGUGAUUGGCUCACAGGCAGAACACUGCGGGAUGCGGACAUAUUUCUUCAGUGCGGACACACAGGAGGACAUGAAUGGCUGGAUACGGGCCAUGAACCAGGCUGCGCUGAUGCAGCAGAGUCACACUGUAAAGAGAGAGUUGGAGAAUCCAAAGAAGGCUGUGCAGCAGGCUGUCCCACAGACCAACCACGUUCACAUCAACCAGAAAUCAUCUCAGUCAGAGUGCCGUCGCAGGACAGAACCGGACAUUGGGAUCCACCUGGCUCAUGGAGACGAGGUGAGGUAUGGAUUACAGAUUCAAGGCAGGCCCAGCCAGUUGGUCGCAGAGGAAAGAGCAGAGAGACUCUCUCCAGACUCUGACGAUGGUGCCGCCCACAAGAACGGACAGCAAACUGUAAUCGAAGUGACUCUGCCACCAGAACAGAAUGGAAAUAUUGUCUAUCAGAGGGGAUUUGUGUCACGCGGAGACCCUGGGAAACAUGUGCAGAGAAAGAAUACGCUGGCUCAGGUGCAGCAGUGGGUUAAAGUUCACAAAGGGGACCCAACAAAGAGUGCUCCCUCUGCUGAAUACCAACUCCCUCGGCGGACUCCUCCAUUAAAGCCCAAAGCCAGCACAGUGGAUGCCUCCCAUCAGUCGUUGCCAAAGUCUCCCCGUCUCCCGUCAGGCAGCAACUCUCCUCCAGCAACAUGCAACCUGCCCAGCGACUAUAAGUACGCCCAUGACCGGCUUAGCCACUUCCGCAUGUCCACCGAUGAGCGCACGGCCACUAAGGAGGGGAUGGUGUGGCAGCUGUACGAGUGGCAGCAGCGGCAGCAGUUCCGUCAUGGCAGCCCCACGGCCCCUAUCUACACCGGCCCCAACUUUACAGACUCUUCAUCUUUCAGAGUUACGGUGGAGAUGCCACGUUCCCUCUCUGUCCCACCAUCCCCUUGUGAAGUCCCACCGUCAAUCCCCUCCUUCAAACCCCUGUCCCCUCGCAGGCCACACACUCCUUCAGACAGACGUACAGUCAGGCCCCUGGACGAAGUGGCCCCCGGGGACAGCACAGGAUCCAGCUCCCCCGGCCAUAUCUGUCUUUCUCAGACUUCCCGAAUAGAGAGAAGGUCCAUGCCAGGCAUGGGCUACAUCACGCACACUGUCAGUGCACCCAGCUUACAUGGCAAAACGCCAGAGGAGCUGACUCUGCUCCUCAUUCAGCUUCGGAGGCACCAGGCCAAGAUGGCUAGUGUGCAUAGCCCCAGCGAUGCAUUCGCUCACCUGCAGCACCACCACAACGGCCUUCUAGGCCCCAGCAUGCAGGCUGAUGAUACUUACAUUCAACUGAAGAAGGACCUGGAGUAUCUAGAUCUGAAGGUGGGCCCCAACAAAGUUACUGGACGUGAGAGUUUUAAAACAGAAAGACCAUCAAGGCCUGUGAAAAUAGCAGAAAGUGAUGCUGAUGUAAAAUUAAGUCGACUGUGUGAACAAGACAAGAUUCUCCAGGAGCUCGAGGCCAGGAUACGCACUUUGAAGGAUGACAAGGACAAGUUGGAGUCUGUGCUGGAUGUUUCCCACCAGCAGAUGGAGCAGUACAGAGAUCAGCCGGCACACGCUGAGAAGAUUGCCUAUCAGCAGAAAUUACUACAAGAGGAUGUUGUUCACAUCAGGGCUGAAAUAUCUCAAGUCUCCACAGAGAUGGAGAACGCGUGGAAUGAGUACAGCCGGCUAGAGAGGGACGUGGACUGGCUGCAGUCGGCGCUGCAGGGACAGAUGAGCCGCAGCGACCUCUUUCAGGUCUGUGGCUCACUGAUCUCUGUCGUUCCUUCUCAUGGAUGGCAAGAGAAAGUCCAGAUCAGGAAAGAGCUGUGGAGGAUUGAGGAUGUUAUCGCAGGUCUCAGCACCAGUAAAGCCAACUACAAAGUCACUAUCUCCUCUGUUACCAACCCAGAGAGGAAGUUUGUGCCUUCAGUGUCAGCGUCAUCAGUGCCUUCUGUGUCUGGGAGCCCGUCUGCUAUGGAGAUGCGGUUGUCCCAGCAGCCACAGCACAGCCCCCGCCUCAGCCCCAGCACCCCCACCCCCACCCUGUCCUCCAGCCCCAGCCAGCAACACUGGGUGGACGCAACCAUCACCAGUGGGCUGAAAUGGGGUGAGGAUGAUGUGCCUCCAAGACCUCCUCUACCUCAGCUCUAUAGUCCUGAUGAGCAUCCCCCUGCUGUGCCCCCGUUGCCCCGGGAGACAACAGUCAUACGGCAUACUUCUGUACGCGGCCUCAAACGACAGUCAGAUGAACGCAAAAGGGACAGAGAGAUUGGCCAGUUCACUAAUGGAGACGGCAAGGUGGAACUAAGACCUUUCCUGAGCGAUCCAGAGCUUAUGGGAGCUGGAGACGGCUCAAGCCACAUCAGUGUAGCAGCAUCAGGACAUGAGGGUUACCAGACAUUACCUAGCAGAGGAGUGGCGGGUUCCUCGCUGAGGCUGAAUCAGUCCUCCAACAUCUCCUCAUAUGUGACCAUCCGAAGAUCCACCUCAGCUGCAGGGGUGACGGAGAGACCAAAAAGUGCCUUGGAGCGUCUGUACUCCGGGGAGCCGGCGCAGCAGCAGCAGCAGCAGCAGCAGCAGCAGCAGCAGCAGCAGCAGAGGGGGAAGAUGAGUGCUGAUGAGCAGCUGGAGAGGAUGAAGAGGCACCAGAAGGCCCUCGUCCGCCAGCGCAAACGCACCCUGAGCCACGGAGACCGCCACGCCUCUCCAUCCUCGCACACACCGCCUGCACCCUCGCGCCCACUUUCUGCAGACUUGGGAUCAUGGAAGAGAGAGCAGGACUUUGACCUGCAGCUGCUUGAGAGGGCUGUUCAGGGGGAGGAGGCGCAGGCAGUGAGGAGCGUUCAGGGGGAGGAGAGACCUCCCGAGCACAAGGAGAGACCCCGCUCGCACUCUGACGAAUGGCUGACCCUGUGCUCUACGGCCACGACUCCUCCUGCCCAUGAGGUCGACCUGGAACCACUAGACUAUGACCUGGACCUUAACAAAGAGCUUUCCAAGCCUCAGAAAGUGUUGAUCCCGGAGCGCUAUGUGGAUUCAGAGCCUGAGGAGCCUCUCAGUCCGCAGGAGGUGGAGGAUCGUUAUCGUAAGGUGGAGCGCAUCAAGAGCAUCUUGGCAAAAUCCAGUGUGCACAACCUGGCACCUGCAGUGACCGUGGACAAGCCAGGGGUUGGGCUGGUGGCUCUGGACUCAGCGCUGCAGGAGCAGGAGAGGAUCAUCACCAUGUCCUACGCUCUGGCAUCGGAGGCUUCGCUCAAGAGCAAACUAGUCACAGCUCAAGCCAUUUCUGGACACUGAGGUGCUAUUCCAAAAUGACAACAAACACCUAGGAUCUACAGGAAAAGAGGAUUUGGGGAAUUUUACACUUUUCCAUAGAGCAGUACAAGAACGUUACUAAACUUUUAUCCUGCUCUCUGAGGCUCACGAAGCAUUGACUCGUUAAAGAUUUUCUAAUUUCUGAAAACGAUGGAAAAUGGAAGACUUUGCAAUGGGCGCUGAUGUGCUUAUUAACUAUGGGAGAGUCUAACCAAUGUUAAUCUCACGAUAACAUUUUCUACAUUUUAUUGCACUUUGAAUUGUUCACUGUAUCAUGUUUUCAAGAUAUGACUGAAUCACUUUUGUCUGCAGUGUGAUCUCAACUGGGAACCUGUUUUUGUUUGUUUUUGUCAGGUACAGAAUGUUAAGAACAAAAGGUACUAAAUGCAUCAUGAUGGUAGUAUUUUUGUUAAAGCUCAGAUAAUAUUCUUACAACAAACCACUUGAAAUAUCAUAUGUAUGUACCUGUAGCACUGCCAGUCUCCUUUUAGCUUGCCAAAAUGAAUUUUAUUUUUGCUUACAUCAGAAGAAAAAUAACCUUUAACAUAUUUUCUGUGUGACUGGGAAAGGUUGCAAAUGGAAAUUUAUAAAAAUGUAAAUAUUAAAGAUAUUAACACAAUA